CACCAGGCUUAAUCGACCAGGACAAAUUAUCGAUAUUUAUUAUCGAUAGUACCAUAUCUAUGUCAAAGCCACUUUCCGGACUUGGAACGACCGGCUUGCUCCAGGACCCGCUGACUGGCCAGGAUGUCGCUGACCGGGCUGUGCAUUGAGCUGCGCCCGAACCUGCGCAGCGGCGUGGUCUUCCUGCAGUUUGACCACAACAUUGCCGAUCGCAACGAAACGCGCCUCGUCAUCCGGGAGCACAAUGUCUAUAUAGCCGCAAAGUCGCCGGGCAGUACCGCCAGCCGUGCCAGCUCCUCCAGUGACAGUGACAGCGAUACGGAUGAAGAGGACGGUGAUGAAGGCGAGGUGGAGUCGCUGGUCAUCCGGCACGACUGCUUCGGCAUGGACAUUGGCUGCAUUUCCAUAUUCGUGGUCACCGGCAACCACAUCAGCUUCCGUUUUAACUAUACCCAAAUCGAUCUGGACGCCUUGGACGGCGGCGCCGUACAGGUGGCCAUGGCGCCCCUACUCCUCUCUUGCCGCGAAAACGAGCCCAUCUCGGUGACUUGCCGCGACUGCAGGGCAACAUUGGUGGAGGAACGGAGUUACCGCAGGCUGCGCGAGUUCCCCAGCUGCGUGGUGGACCCCAGCGAGUUCUUCUGCCACAAUCACGGCGGUCCGACUGGAUGCGAAGGCGACAGCAAGAUGCCGCUGCUGCCGAGCCUGGUGCCCGGUAUGACAGACCUCUUCUACGGCCUCAACUAUGUGGUGGUGAGUAUGAAUCGGGGCCCAAGUCCCAGCAUCCUAAACCGUGACGAUCACUUGUACUGCAAGCGCUGCAUGCGUUACCUCGGCGUGGCCAUGUUCAAUGGAGCGGCGGCCCGUCUGUGGGCCGAUGCAGUGCGCUGGCUGCCAAGCAAUGAAGGCGGUGGAGGAGGAGGAGGAGCCACGGUUGCCCAGCCACGUCACUUCUUCCAGAGCUCCUCGAUGACGCAGCUGGUUAAGCGACUGCUAUACUCGCUGUGGCCACAGCCCCUGCCACAGCUCUGCCUGAGCACAAGUCGCGCGGUGCUGGUUACUUCGCUGCCUAGUCGACGCCGCCACCAGUACAUGUUCAUCCACGUGGUAGAGUCGCAGCUACGCGUGCUGCGUCGCAUCCAGCCGGACUCGCAGCAGCUGCGUUGCUACCGAGCCUGCAAGCUCUACUACGGCGUCUUUGGGGCUAGCGAUGAGGAGCAGGAGCCGCCGCUGCUACAGCAGUGGCAGACGCAGCAGUCGGUGCCCCAGAUGGAGAUCUCGCCGGGCAUGUUUCAAACCCUGCAGGAGCGGUUCGAGUUAAAUACCCAGCUAAUACCGGACGCCUGGCGCCUGAACUCUGCAUCAGAGGGCCUGCAGCUGUCGUACUUCUUUUACGAGGACGAGGCACAGCCGGAAGGCGUGAUGCUGGCGGCGGAGGCUGCAGGUGAUGGCGUCACAUGUCUGGGCAAGAUACAGCUGGAUGAUCAGUACGAAACGGAUGCCGGACAUGCCAGCAGCGAGAGUGAGAGCGACGAUGAACAUUCGGAUUCCGACGAGGAUGCAACGGCGGCGGCUGCGACGGGGCACUCGAUCGAAAGACGAACGGUCAUUAAGCGUUGUCCCACACCUCCGCGUCACUCUCUACACCUCUCCACGUCAACCUCGUCCGCUUCCUCAGAGGAUAAGUAGUCGCCUUAGUUUUAAAACUUAUUCGCUGUAAAAAGCUACAGUCCUGCUGUCCUACGUCAUCCAUCAGGGCAGCCACAGAAAUAGCUACGGAUUUCAAAUGAAAAUAUAAGAUUAAUAUGUGGUGGUCCUCGUUUGUAGCUUACCUUUGGAUACCGUUUGUUAUAGUUUUGAAGUAUCCAACGAUUUCUGUAGUUUCCCUGAUGGAUUUUCUAGUUUAUUUAUAUAUCUACGCCUUUGUUUAUAGUUUGUCGAUCGAUUUCCCUCCAAUGGAAAGCUAUUUAUCUUUAUUUAUUGUGAAGAAAAUUUUGAUUUCUUUUAUUUCUUGACUCAAAAUCGUUUCCUACGUUUUGUACGGGGCGUGCCACGAACAUAAAUCGCCUGAGAAUUGAAAUGGCGUUUUCGAUAUAAGUAAGCAACAAGUAUUAGCUGAAAUGCUACCUUCUAGCACAAAGAUUACUCGAUGGGCACUGUAUGUAAUUAAUAUGUAUUGCUUUUGUA